UGUGCUUGUCUGUGUGCGUUUGUGUGCGUGUGUGUGUCCGUCACAACACCGACAACAGACAUGUCCGACUUCUCCGAGGACCAGAUCGUGGAGUUCAAGGAGGCCUUCCUCUUGUUUGACCGGACUGGUGAGGGGAAGAUCACCUUCAACCAGUGUGGGGAUGUCUUGCGCGCCCUCGGACAGAACCCUGUCAAUGCAGAGGUGCUCAAAAUCCUGGGAAACCCCAAACUAGAAGAGAUGAACCACAAGAUGCUGGAUUUCGAACAGUUCCUGCCCAUGCUUCAGGCCAUUUCUAAGAACAAGGAGCAAGGUUCCUACGAGGACAUCGUGGAGGGUCUGCGAGUGUUUGACAAGGAGGGAAAUGGAACAGUGAUGGGAGCAGAGCUACGUCAUGUCCUCACCACACUAGGUGAAAAAAUGACAGAAGAGGAGGUGGAGACUCUUUUAGCAGGACAUGAAGACGCCAAUGGCUGCAUUAACUACGAAGAACUUGUGCGGAUGGUGAUGAGCGGUUGAGGAGUUCAGAAACACACGUCCAGCUUUAAUUUUA